UGUUGUACACUUUCCCUGGGAUGGGCUAGAGUUUCCUCUCUAAUAGUACAACUCAGACGACAGAGUCAGAAACAGGAAGAAGAGAGCUUGUCUUUUAGCUGGAGUGCCUGAGUGAGUCGGGCCUGUGCAAUCCCUCCUCUGCUGCAGCGAUGUCGUUGUCUCCCUGGGCAAUGCUUGUGUGGAGGUCGUGGCUAUUGCUGUUGCUGUGGGACUUCCUUAGAGCUCAGGAGCUGAAGCCCACCAGAUGGCCUCUGUUUUCCCAGAAGCCCGUUCUGCUGGCCUGGAACGCCCCCACAGAAGACUGCGGCCCGCGCCACGGCGUCCACUUCAAGCUGGACCAGUUUGAAAUUGUGGCUUCUCCCAAUGAGGGCUUUGUGAAACAGAACCUCACCAUCUUUUACAAGGACAGGCUCGGAUGGUACCCAUACUACGAGGCUGGAACAUGGGUCAAUGGCGGCCUCCCCCAGACUGCCAGCCUCACCAAACACCUGGAGAAGAUGCCUGAAGGCGUGAACAAGUACAUCCGUGAGGCCAGUGCCAAAGGCCUUGCUGUCAUCGACUGGGAGGAGUGGCGUCCCCUGUGGAUCCGCAACUGGGACACUAAGGACGUGUACCGGGAGCGCUCGCGUUGGCUCGUUGCCCAGAAGAACCCCAGCUCCUCCGAGGACCAGGUGGCCAAGGUGGCCCAACAGGAGUUUGAGAUGUCGGCCAAGAAGUUCAUGCUGGAGACGCUGAGGUAUGCCAAAAGCCUGCGGCCCAACCAGCUGUGGGGGUUCUACCUGUUCCCCGACUGUUACAACCACGACUACAAGACAAGUCUGGAGAACUACACAGGGCGCUGCCCUGAUGUGGAAAUGGCGCGCAACGAGCAGCUGGCCUGGCUGUGGAUGGAGAGCACGGCGCUCUUCCCCUCCAUUUACCUGAGUGCCAUGCUGCGCUCCACCUCCUAUGGACGGCAGUUUGUCCGCAACCGUGUCAAGGAGGGAAUGAGGCUGGCAUCAACGGGUGAAGGUGUGGCGCGGCCCGUCUUUGUGUACACCCGGCCCACCUAUGCCAACCAGCUGACCCUGCUAACCGAGACAGACCUGGUCUCCACCAUUGGGGAGAGUGUGGCGCUUGGAGCAGCAGGUGUGAUCUUCUGGGGAGAUGCUGCCUACGCCAGCAGCCGUGACAGCUGUCGCAGUCUAAAUGAAUAUCUCCGGGGCCCACUGGGCCGCUAUCUGCUCAACGUUUCCACGGCAGCGGAGCACUGUAGCAAGUCGCUCUGCGGUUCCCGCGGCCGCUGCCUCCGCCGUCAGGCCGACGACGACACCUACCUGCACCUCAGCCCGCAGGCCUACAGCAUCCUGAGCGAGGGCGGGACCUUGGAGGUCAAGGGCCAGCUGAGCUCCGCGGAGCGGGAGCGGUACCGCGCGGAGUUCCGCUGUCAGUGCUACAGCGGGUACCGGGGAGAGUCGUGCGCCCAGGCGGAGCCAGGACAGCGCGGGGCCUCCGCCUCUGUGCGGGCGUGGCUCUCCACCCUGCUGCCCCUGCUGCUCCUGCUGGUCCUCCUGCACUGAGCCACAGCACUCUCUAACCCCCCCCCCCCUUCCCCCUUCAAACAGCAAGGAGGACUACACUUUCCUGGUACCUUACCCUGCAGCUGUACUGCAUGAGGUGCUGGGGAUGGAGGAGGGGGAACGCUACGCAGUGAUGGCUGGCACCAUUACUUUCAUCAUGAACCAAACACCCCCACCCAGGCAUCCAGCCAAAGUGCCAAGACAUGGAACGGAGCUGAGGGGAAUGGGCGGAGCUUUAAGGUGGUGCGAGAAGGGAAGAUUAGACUGGGUUGUUCGGGACGGGUGGACUGUGAGGGGAGCGCCUGCUUGGGCCUGCACAGCCCCGCAGUACAGUCUGAAAGCUGAGUCUGGGCCAUACAACAGUAAAAGCAGUAAUACUCACAUUUUCCCUCAUGUUGUUCACGUUUUUCACACAUGGGGUGGUGCAAUUGUAAACCUUAAAACCAAAUGGGUUCGUUACUGAAACUGAGGAAUGCUGUGUCCAUGCUGAGAUAAAGGGUUCCGUUCCUGUUUUCUCUGAUGGUCAGUGUCUGUAAAGUAAUGUCUAAGUCGUGAUCAGCACACUUCCUGUUAGAGUUCCUUUGGCCUUCAUGCAGCACACUAUCCCAUUCCAUCUCCAGGUCCUUAAGGAGUGUGUAUGAGAGUUUGUCUAAAAUGUAUGUAUGUGCAUGCAUGCACAUGAUGUGUACAUACAUGCCCAUGCGCAUAAUGUCUGUGUAUGUAUAAUGUAUUUCUCUGUGCGCGUGCGUGUGUAUGUGCCCACAGUGAUCUGUGAGGAUGUGAGAGGUGUGAGGAGCCAGCUGGUGUGUUCACUGCCUUCUUUUUUAAAGCUUUCACUCCCAAAAAUAUUUUUGGAUAUUUCAUUAUUUUAGGAAGACUCAACGAAGUUCAUUUCGAUCAAGAAAUUCUUAUUUUUUUACAUAUCUAUUUUUAUUGUAUCUUUUGUAUCUUUUAAUAUUUUCAUGGAAAAACUGGAAUAUUGACUAAUACUGAUAUGCGACAUUGAUUCCCUUCAUGUACCUCACAGAGAUGUGGAAUGUUCAGUACAUUGUCAUGCUGGUCAGUGGAGAUGCUUCUGAUCUCCUGCUAUCUCAGUCUAACCCACCAAUAUCAGGGGUCCUUAGAAGUGAGAACCAGUAAAUGGAUUUGAAAAAUGCAGAAAUAUACUUCGUAUGAAUGUACACAUGGGCCUUGUGCUGCUAGUUUCCCAGAGUUGGUAAGCAUGAGGAAUUACAUUUUUCAAGAAACUCUGAAAGUGCCCUGUUUGUGUCUUGGUCUCUCUGUCUGGCCCAGUACAGCUGGGCUGAUGCUGUAGGUCAGGUGGGACAAGCAGUUGUCAGUCUCCAAUGUGAGCUCAAAUAACAGCUACUUGACCUGGGAAAGAUAAGGUUUUCAUCUUCUGUUACGAGGCAGGAUAUCUCUCCCUGCAAAUAUGUUAUUAUGGUUGUUUUGAGCUUUUACAUGAUACAGUUCAUAAUAUUGUCCUAUUUUCUUUGGUGUGUAUUUUACCUGUGGUCUACAGUGAGCAGUGUGAAGAUUUUCUGGAAAGCCUCUUCUUUGCAUUUCAGUGCCAUUUUUAUUUCCUGUUUCACAUUUGUGGCGGUUCAGUUUCUUUAACUCCAUGACAGUCCACGCAAGUGCUCAUGGGAAUUAGUAGUGUGUUUACAUUGGGGGAUUUGGCUGUUUGUUAGAAGUGGCAAAUUUAUUCACUGUGCGGAUCUGAUCCAAGGUCAGACUGCAGCUUCAGUGAAAUUUUGCCUGAAAGCAAACUGAAAUAUACUUCUCUCUGUGGGGCUUUGUGAAGCCACACAAAAUGGGGAUGUAGCCAAGUAUUGUUUCCCUCUAUACACAUUUUGUUUUUUUUUAUUUAUGUGCUCAACAUGGCAUUCACCACAUCGGGUGGUAGUUACAUCAACUGGUGUCAUUCUUCAAAUUAAAGUUUUUGAAUAUGAGGAUGCAGUUAGUCAUUUGACCUUUGUUUGGGCCACUGACCUCAGUAAAGGAGUUUCUUAGCUUCUGGGGGAGUUCAUCACUGACACAGAAAUGCAUGUUUGCCUUCGUUAAACCUAAUAUACUCCAGGCACUGUACACAUGGAUCAUAAUGUGUUUCUUAGCGGUAUAUGAAAUCUGUACAAAACCUCAGGCUCCACCUAGACUCUAUCAGAAUCACCAGGGUUUUCUCGUCCUACUCAUCCCUUUGUAGCAAUCAGAACAUUCACUCUCUGUGUUUCACUUUGUAUUUGCUCACAAAGCUGGUCCUUCACAUCUCAAGCAACCAAAAUGAUAUAAGUUAGGUUCUGUAAGAACAACCUCAAUAGUACAAUAACAUACC